UAUUUAUAAAACUCGUUCGUUCCCAAUUCCCACUCACUGAACAGUCUCUCCGCUCGGUCCCCUCAACUCGAAGCUUAAAAUAAUUCAUCUAAAUCACUACAAAAUUUCUCAAAUUUGGCGGCAAAACAGCCAAAGUUUCUUGCUUGCUUAAAGAUUCGAUCCUUUUUAAUAUCCAAAAUAUCUUCAAUUUACUCCACUUCCGUCCGAAUUCUAGGGUUUAUAUUCCUUUUCGAACAUCUCACUUCAGUACUCCGUAAUUCGAAUGCUCAGCGAUGAGUUUCAUGUCUUUGAUUGCUGACUUCGAGUGAGAAAUUUUGUUGUUGUUGUUGUUGUUGUGUGAUCAUGGCUGCCUUGCAGAGGCUAGGGCAAUCCAGUGCCGGUGGCUAUGGGGCUUCUUGUAAUGGAGCUGACAUGGCCGUUCCUGAUCAGUUUCCUGCUGGUUUACGGGUUCUUGUCGUGGAUGAUGACCAUGCUUGUUUGAAAAUUGUUGAGCAGAUGCUUCGCCGGUGUCUUUAUCAGGUUACAACAUGCUCCCAGGCUACUGUUGCCUUGAACACUUUAAGGCAGAGUAAAGGCUCUUUUGAUGUAGUACUGAGUGAUGUUCACAUGCCUGAUAUGGAUGGCUAUAAACUCCUUGAACAUAUUGGGCUUGAAAUGGAUCUUCCUGUUAUCAUGAUGUCUGCUGAUGGAAGAGUAUCUGCUGUUAUGAGGGGAAUAAAACAUGGGGCUUGUGAUUACUUGAUUAAGCCUAUACGUGAGGAAGAGCUUAAAAAUUUAUGGCAGCAUGUUGUCCGGAAAAGGUGGAAUGAAAAUAAAGACAUUGAGCAUUCAGGAGGCAGCUUUGAUGAGAAUGAUCACCAAAAGAGAGCAAGUGGUGAAGUUGAAUAUGCUUCUUCUGUUGAUGAAGGAGCAGAAGGAACAUUGAAAGCUCAGAAGAAGAGAAGCACUGCUAAAGAAGAAGAUGAUGGGGAACUGGAAGACGAUGAUCCUUCCACAGCAAAGAAACCUCGUGUAGUGUGGUCGGUGGAACUGCAUCAGCAGUUUGUCGGUGCAGUAAAUCAGCUUGGGAUUGAUAAGGCUGUUCCAAAGAGAAUUCUUGAAUUGAUGAAUGUACCUGGCUUAACUAGAGAAAACGUUGCAAGUCAUUUGCAGGAUAAUAUAUUGCAGAAAUUCAGACUAUAUUUGAAGAGAUUAAGUGGAGUGGCUCAACAAGGAGGGAUUUCUAGUUCUUUCUGUGGGCCUGUAGAACCGAAUCUGAAACUUGGUUCACUUGGACGGUUUGACAUACAAGCUUUGGCUGCCUCUGGACAAAUUCCUCCACAAACAUUAGCAGCCCUGCAUGCUGAACUUUUAGGUCGUCCAACAGGUAACUUAGUUACAGCGACGGAGCAGCCAACUCUUCUACAGGCAUCUAUACAAGGAUCCAAGUGUAUUCCAUCUGAAAUUAGUGCAAAUUUUGGUCAGCCAUUAAGUAAAUGCCCAUCCAACAUUUCGAAAAAUUUCUCUCAAUCCAUAAUAUCUGUUGAUGAUAUAGCUCCAGGGUUUGGAUUGUGGUCACCUAAUAACCUUGGUACAGGUACAGUGACAGCUUGUAGCACUCUUGGUGGAUUGAAUCCCCAAAACGGUAACAUGCUGCUUGAUAUGCUGCACCAGCAGCAGCAAUUUCAACGACAACAUUCUACACCAUCUGAACCCAGCUGUUCAAUUAAUGUGCAGCCUUCUUGUCUUGUGGUCCCAUCUCGGUUAUCAACUGGUUUUCAGGCAGGAAAUAGCCCUGCUUCUGUCAAUCAGAAUUUCAGCUAUAAUAGAAGCGCCGUUAUUGAUUAUAGUCUUCUUUCAAGUUCGAAUAACUCAGUUAAUAUUGGGCAAGUGUCUGAUUGUGAUUUAAAAACUACAAGUGUUCUUACUGGUUACUCAGCUGCAGCUUCCAUUUCUCCUGCAUCAUCUUGCUCGGUAAAUGCUGAUAAUGGUGCAAAUCAGCAAGUUCAUAAUUCAAUCACAUUUAGAGCUGCCAGGCAAGUACAAGGGCUUGUUCCUAAUGUUGCAGAUAUCGAAACUUCUUACGGUGUUAAAUCAGGUGAAGUGCUUGAUCAAGGACUAUUAAGAAAUCUAGGACUCAUUGGUAAAGGCAUAUGCUUUCCAAGUCGCCUGGCAAUUGAUGAACUUGAAUCACAGAUGAACAACUUAAACCAUGAGAAACUCUAUUUGAAUACCAAUAGUAACAGAGUCAAGGAGGAACCAAAUUUGGAAUAUGUGGAUAAUGCGAAAGUGGGUGUCCCAUUGUUAACACAAUAUACCCCAAAUGAUCUCAUGAGUGUUUUCACAGAUUAGGCUUUCGAUGUGUGUUGAGUGAAUUUGAAGGAAGAUGAAAGAUUGAAGUCAGCGUUGUUUCUUUAAGGUAGAUCUAAUUCAGAGUGUGUGCAUCAAACCCAGGUGCAGUGGCAGUGGCUGUAUUUAGCCUCUUAGCAGCACAUCUGCAACUUGUUUGUAUAUUUUAUCAAGUGCUUGGACUGGUUGUGGUUCUAUUUCUACACAGCAGCCAUUGAAUUGAAGUAGUGUAGUAUUAUUGUUAGUGUCUUGGUAAAAUAAAUAAUGGUAGACUCUCAACUUAGCUUGUUUUAUCCAUUCACAUAGGGGCUUCUCGCCUCGUAAUUAUAUGUAUUUAUUUGUGUCUGAUGCUAUGAACGCUGUUCUAUUUAAUCUUUUCAA